AGUGACGUGACGAGCGAACAUCAUUUUUGGUCGAUUCCGAGCUUGAAUAUUUAAUUAGUGGCGAAACUUAGCUGUUCUGUAAGUAGUUUUAGGUAUAUCAAGUCUGAGCAGGAGCCCCGCAACAUAUAUGAGCGUCUCCCAAGGGGGCUUGCCCCCUGGAAAGAAAAGGAAGGAAUCGAAGGAUUCAAUGGAUGCAAUUAUUGAAGAUAAUUCCCAGGGUGUUAUUUCGGUGGACAAAGACUUAUCAGACGAGUACUUGUUGGAGAGGAUCAAACCUUUCGAUUCUCACUGCAUUUUCUCGGUGGAUUCGGUUAAACGCAUGCACCGGAAAUCAGAUCAAAAUGGUGACAUUAAAUAUCUACCUAUAAAUAAGGUUGUAGUUACUUUUCAAGCGCAAGAAUUGCCUAAGCGUGUUGCUAUAAAUCACGUUCUUUUUGAUGUAAACCAUUAUAUACAGAAGUCAACAAAAGCUCAAACAUCAAUAAAUAUUCCAAAUGCGAAUUCGCACUUUACACAAAGGUUGUCUAAACCUUUGAAACGGAACUCGCCUUCCUCGCCAGAUUUGACAGAAGAAGCUAGGAGACAAAUUGUUAUAACGUUAUCCGUCAAGACCGGCCAGAUGGCAAAGGAGGAGUGGCUAUACUGA